UCACACUUCACAUGCAAUUCCCUCACCAGGAUGACGUGUUAUCAGGCGACACACUUCCUGAGUGAGCGGCUGUCAAUCAAAACACACACACACACACACAAACGUGCAGACAUACAUAAAGUGCUCUUCAUUCGCAUCGCUUUCACAUCGCCUUCAGCAUGAAGUUCUUCUUCUUCUUCGUUGUCCUCCUCUGUGUCAGCGUCCCGGCGGUUACAGCCGCGGACGGCUGCCAUAGUGACCGGGAUACGGACCACCGAGUGCGGCUUAACUGCACGGCGGCCGGUCUUGAUGGCGUUUCUGUGGGCCUCGAACCCACGAUCGAGGUUCUCUUGUUUCCCAGGAACCAGUUCUCCAGCCUGUCCUGGGCAUCCUUCCAGAUUUUCAGCAAGCUGCACGAGCUGGACCUGACGGCCAACGAGGUGGGUGAGUUGACGGCAAGCGACACGCCGCUUCUGCCGAGCCUCAGCGUCCUCCGACUGGGAUCCAAUCAUCUCACGUCUUUAGUCAGCGGGGCCUUCUCCGCCUGCCCCGCCCUGACAAAUCUCUACCUGGACAACAACACCAUUGAAUCUCUGAGCCACGGCGCGUUCGCUGGACUCAGCAAGUUAGAGAUUCUAGACCUGACGUCCAAUCGCAUCAGGGUGCUCCCGCCCCUCUUACUCCGUCCCCUGGUUGCCAUAGAAACACUCUACCUGGAAAACAACCAGAUCAGCACGCUGCCAGAUGAUUGGUUUAACCCGAGAGAGGACGUGCCCUACCUGUACCUCUCCGCCAACCCAUGGUCGUGUGACUGCGGCCUGACGUACCUGCGCAUGUACUUGGAGGAUUUCUAUUUCAACUUCUACGUGCGCAACGGCCAGACCAUCCGGAGAGAUGUUAAGAGUGUGGUGUGCCACUCGCCUCAGCGAUUCAAAGGUCAACCCGUCAUCGAUCUGGACCCGGAGGACUUCUGUCUGCCUUCUCCGACGCCACUGACCACCUCCUUAUUGAUAGGCCCCACCAAUCCAGAGGAGGAGAGUGCGGGUCCCAGAGGUGACGGGCUUGUUGUCUGGCAGCCUACACGGACCACUUCCAGCACUUCAUAUCCUGAACGUUCCGGCACCACGACCGCGCUACCGCGCCCUAUGAUUCCAACUGCCUCACUUCCUACAGCUGAGUCACUUCCUACAACUGCGCCACUUCUUACAACUGCGUCAUUUCCUACAACUGCGCCACUUCCUACAACUGCGCCACUUCUUACAACUGCGUCACUUCUUACAACUGCGUCACUUCCUACAACUGAGUCACUUCCUACAACUGAGUCACUUCCUACAACUGAGUCAUUUCCUACAACAGAGUCACUUCCUACAACAGAGUCACUUCCUACAACUCCAACUGCAUCCCUUCCCGCCACUCUCCCAGUUGUAACGCCCACCAGCUCUGAGAUCCCGUGGACGUGGCAUUGGGCGAGGGAUGAGGGUGCCGCCAUUCCCCUCCGCGGAAGGCCCAGUGCCGGUGUAUUUUGUGUGUGGUUAUUGGCCGGUUAUGGAUGUCUCUGUGCGAUGGGGGCGGUGAGUUCGCUCAUAACUAUAGUUAGACUGGUGGUCUUGUACAGGGGGGCGUACAAGCCACUGAGGGUCGCACUGGCGAGUGCGGGCGGCACCCAGCAGGUGAGGCUCUGUGGCGGCGCGACACAGGUGUAUCGUUCGGUCCUUUUCGUGAGCUGCAAAGAGGAGGAGACGGUCCAAGCCGGCCCGGUGUAUAGGACGACCCUGCACCGUGCGCCCGGGACUCAGGUAGCGCUGCAGCAAUGGAGUGAUGUCGUGGGAAGGCGUCAGGAUGGCGCAGGGUGGAGGCAGCGCUUCAGCGUGCUUCUGCGCCAGGAGAGGGAGGGGCCGGACGGUGGGAGAGAGGAGCGAGAUUGGGUGGUGGGUUCGUGGCUCGCGCAACACCUGCCCGAAUGUGAGUGAGUGUCAGUCCUCCCACUCACUUCCUCCCUUUAUUUUCUGUUUUCAAUCAUGCUCAUGAUAAUUUCAUUCAAUGUUCAUACAACAUGCACCUUUAAAAUUAGGACAAAUGAAAUGAAUCAAAUUAUAUGGCGCAAAUCAAAAACUAUAUGACAGCUUCUACCAGCGUCUUAUUCAUCGGGAUGCAAAUGAACAUGAGAACCUUCUUUAGCUGACUAUUCUGAGACGAUUCCAGUCGGCCUCAAAAGUAUGAAAAACUUUUUGAGUCAAAUUUCACCAAGAGAUGAUGCAAAUGAAAACACAAAAAUCCCAUUCCAAUCGGUCAGCAAGUGAAAAUGCUUUUGAUGACAAUUAGUGCAUGCAAGGCGGAUGAUAUAUAUAUAUAUUUUUUUUUUUUAAUUCAAUUUCUUGUUGUAGGUCAACUCGUGAAAAAUGGAAACAAUGCAAUCAAAUUUGAUAUAGCCAAGAUGACUCUGAUAACCACCAAAUCUCCAGAUGCGUACUAUUUAUUAUUAAAUGGGUGAUUUUAAUAAAACAAUUUAAAAAAUAUAUUUCAA